AUGGAGAUGAAGAAAAAGAAUUCAAGCAGUUACCUUUUGGCACUUGUAUUCAUUUUGGCUUUUACCUUUCCAACUCUUUUGAGUGCUUCAAAUUCUUAUGCAACAAAAGAUCAUUUGUUCCCUGAGUUCAUAAAAUGGCAUGUAUAUGUUGUCAAUUCCUUGAGCUACAAUCAAAACUUGUUCGCGCAUUGCAAAUCAUCAGAAGAUGAUCUUGGCGUCAAUAACCUAUCUCGAGGUUCAAAUAUCACUUGGAGUUUUAGGACGGAUUUCUUUCACUCAACAAUGUUUUCGUGCUAUGUGACUAAAGACGGCGCAUCUCUCAAUUUCAAGGCUUUCUGGUAUGAUGCUCGUCUUUUCGACAAGUGUGGUUGGAAGAAUUGUAUUUGGGUUGCUAAAGAUGAUGGAGUUUACUUGAAAAAUUUGAGUGCAAGACUUGAUGAGUUGGUUUAUAAUUGGAAUGCUGGAAUGUGA